AAAGUAGAAUUUCCAUUUGACAUUCACUGUGAUUUUGCCACAUAUGAGACUCAAUUUGGCUUUAUUCAGCGCCCCACGCAUUAUAAUACUUCAUGGGACACGGCCAAAUUUGAAGUUUGUGGUCAUAAAUUUGCAGAUCUAUCGGAGUAUGGAUAUGGUGUUGCUUUAUUGAAUGACUGUAAAUAUGGCUAUGCUACUCAUGGAAAUGUCAUGCGUUUAUCUCUGUUGAGGUCUCCCAAGGCACCAGAUGAUUAUUGUGACAUUGGAGCUCACGAAUUCAAAUAUGCGCUGCUUCCACACACUGGGAUCUUCUUAGAAUCGAAUGUUGUUCGUGAAGCGUAUCAAUUUAAUGUUCCGUUACUUGUGAGGGCCACUUCUAAGGAAAUAACUCUUUCACACGCUCCAAAAUCAUAUUUCACAGUUGAAGGUGCGCCAAAUGUUAUUUUGGACACCAUUAAGCGUGCAGAAGAUUCAAAUGAUUUAGUUUUACGAUUAUAUGAAGCUUAUGGUGGACACGCUACAGCUAAAUUACGAAGUUCACUUUUGUUUGAAAAACUUUGUGAAACAAAUAUUUUAGAAGACAAAGAAAUUAGUAUUGAUUAUCAUUCAACUGAAGGAGCUAUCAUUAAAUUCAAACCAUUCCAAUUUAUUACACUAAAGGCAACUUUGAAGUAG